CUCCCGUUCCCCUCCAAAACCCAAAGAGAGCCCUCCCCCUCGCCCCCCACCCAUCCAUCGGCGGAGGCGGAGGCGGAGGCGGGCGGCAUGGCGGUCUACGUUCCUGCCGCCGAGACCCCUGCGCUGGAGCUGGGCCCUCUCCACAGCUCGGUCUGCCUCGCCCCCGCGCUGCCCGCCGCCUCGCUGGAAGUUCCCGGCAUGGUGCGGGCCGACGCCAGGCGGCCGUCGGAGGGCCCCGAUCAGAUCCCGGGCAAUCCACCCCGCCGCAUUGCGCGCCUCGUCCAUCUGGAUCCCGCGCAGCUCGCCGCGGUGACCGCGGCCCUUAGGCUCCACAUCGCCGGCGGCGCAAGCCCGAUCCCCUCUCUCGUGCAGCGCAGAGACGACGCCUCCGACUCCGACUCCGGCUCCGGCUCGAGCGGCGACGACGACGAGACCGGCCAUCCUAAUGACCGGCACCUCUGCUACCCACUCAUCCGGUUGCUGGAAACAGGGGACGCCCGCAUCUUCUUCCCCGGCUCGGUUCCAGACCUUCCCGGUACUCCGCAAGGCGGCGGCCUGCACAGGAUAUCCGAUGCAUAUGGCAAUCCAUAUAUCCUCAAGGCAGGCACAGAAACCUUUGCAGGUCCUUGUGAGCUGACCAAUGAAACGACAAGGACUUGGGUCAUCAGGCUCAAAAUCACUACCAAACUCGUUUGUUUAAGUAAGCAACAAUUGCAUGAGCAGAAUUGGGAAUUGUCUGAAGAAUGCUUUGCAGAGGUAGCUGGGCAAUCCUUAGAGAAGCUCCUUGAAGUUGCAUGUUCCUUCAGUGAUGCCAAUUGGUCUGAUGUCCAUAUUUCACAACAGCUGUCUGUUUUUGACGCACUUGUUGAUGUCCUAUUCAAUAUACAAGACCUACGUUUCAGCAGAUCUGGUGAGGUUGCUGGUAUUAUUAAUAAGAUGGUGAAUGCUUUCAAAGGAGUGAUCGAUGGGACUUCAAAUGACAUCCGUGGCAGCAAAGAAUCUACCAUCCACCCAGCAACUUUCGUUCUCAUACAAGUCCUGGAAUUCUUCUGUCGUAACAGAGAUAUGGUGCAGUCAAUACUUGAAUCUGGAGAUUACAACACUGGCCCAUGCUCUGACAUGUUUUCUUGUUUGGCAUCCAAGCUCAAGGAAUGUGCAGAAACAGUUUUCCAACAAAAGGGACAAAGGUACAUAUUUGUGUUAAAUAACAUGUAUUAUGUUCUGCAAAAGAACUGCCAUUCAGGAUUACUCCCUCCGAAUGUAGCAGCUACUUUGGUGUCAGUGAUUGACCAAUACGUGGUGAGCUACCUUGAUGAGUACUGGUUUCCACCUAUGCUGCUGUAUCUGGAAGGGGAUUCUCUGAAGAAGCCACGUCGUUCAUCCCUGGAUAAUUUUAUUGGAGAAUUCUUCAGAACAUGUAAUGGCCAGAUGACUUGGAAAGUUCAAACCGAGCUUAAAAACAUACUACGAGAAGAGAUAGUGAAUUUGAUUGUUCCAAAAUACGUAAACUUCUCAGAGGUGCUGCAGGCAAAUCCAACGCGGUGCUGGUCGUCUUGGUUAAAGGGGAUGUGGCGAACAAGAUCUGAGAAGCUGGAGUGUACUGGUGCGGAUUUGGCAAAGGUGAUUGGAAGAUUGUUCGAGAGAUAACAUGCGGCAGGUAACACAGAAGAGAGGGCAGACCAGGCUUAUAUGGGCGGGUGCAUUUAUCCUAUAUUAGCAUUUAGAAUGCAUUUUGUUGUGAUGUCUCCAUAUAUGCGACAUUUUCUGGUACGAGCCUGGUUGCUGUAUUAGCAAGAUUUAGCGCUGGAAGUUCCGGAUAGAAUUUAGUGUAUGCUGCACAUUACCUGCAGUUUUGUUUCUGUCCUAUAUAUAGUUUUUUUUGUUACGUGUAUGUAAUAUGUAGAGGAACUUCCAGUUUUGUUUGUGUAAAAUGUAUAGAUUUUUGUCUCUCUCCAUCUCUCGAACACGCACGUGCUGCUAAUGUUGGAUAUAGAUAGCAUGUUAGAAAUGGUAAAAAAAUAAUGUUGCGGGAA